AACCCGAUCGACCCUCUCCCUCCGCAGCCUUAAAUCCCUUAUAGCUCACGCCGACCGACUCCCCCCUCCCUCCGCCGAUCUCAGCCAUUCCCCUCCUUCGAGCGACCCCAAAUCGCGUUCCUCCGCCGCAUCUCCUUCCCCUCCUCCCCCUCUCCGUUGGCCUCCUCUCUGUGGAUAUCUCCCGCCUCCUCCGCCGCAGAUAAGCCCAAAUCCCCUUCCUCCUCCUCCUCAAUGCCCCCUUCAAAGCCCUCUCCCUCUCCCCCGCCGCCGCCCCAGACGCCCACUGCCUCUUCUCCCUCUUUCUUUCUCCCGAUUCUUCACUCUGUAAUAAUUAUUAAAUUAAGAAAGGAAUUAAAUUAAAAGAAGGAAUGGAGAAGGGGGAAAGAAAUGGGGCUCCCGAACCGACUCCACGACGCCUCCAGCGACUCCAUCCCGAUCCUUCUCGUCGUGGCGGCCGCCGGGUGGGUCUCCUACCUCCGCUCCCUCCUCCUCUGCCUCCUCCACUCCCUCGGCCUCCAACGCCUCCACCCCUCCUCCGCCGCGGCCGACGAUCCCCUCUUCUCCGCUGCCGCGUCCGGCCUCGCCGGACUCGUCGUCGUGGCCUCCUCCGGACGCCCCUUCGCCUACGAGGCCUUGCCGUCGGCGGCCGCGGAGGGGGAACGAGAUGAGCCGGGCUGCGUGGUGUGCCUCUGCGAGCUCGCCGACGGCGACCGGCUUCGGCGGCUGGAUUUGAGUAACAGGUUCAUGAAGGCACUGCACCUCUUUAAAGUGAUGCAACUGGAGAAGAGUGCAAAGCCCAUUGGGUUGGUGGAUGAAGGGUGCAGGGUUGUUGGAAGAGGCAGAAGGGAUCGUCAGAAGCAUGACAAUGAAGCCAGAUGUGAUGCAGAAGACAUUAGAGAAUUUUAAGAACAUUAUCCUAUUAUCUUCGCCACAGGUAUCGUUUCUUUCUCCAUUAAUAAUAAUGGCUUCUUCUUUCUCAGAUAGUUUUAGUUUGCAGUGAGAGAUAUGGGAUGAUUAUGCUGUUAACGUACUCUUGAAGGCAUGCCAUAAUACACAGAAAUAUUGAUGCAGACCUGGAAAUCUUGUUCUUCUUUCCUUCACCUUUCUAAUUAUAUUUCCUUUCCCCACCGGGAUUCUUCAGUUACUUUUUGUAAUCAAGGAUAAACAAAUUUGGAUGAGACCUACAUGAUUUUUCUUUAAUUCCUUAUUUCCUUUUGAACUGUCUUAUAAUCUUUUAGUCCUCUAUUGCAAAUAAUCUAAAUUGAAUUACAUAUUAACAAAUGCAUAUGAUCAGGCAAUGGGGCAUUAGCUUCUGUAAAAAAUUGUAUGUCUUUUACUUUCAAGGCUGAUCACACUCUCACAUGUUCGUAUUCUAAUUAAAAUUUCUGCUGUUAUUUGAUAGUUACUUCUUCUGUAGAGAUGGCUAUGUCAACAAAAAACAAUUGAAUGCCUAGAUAUUGUGAUGUUCUAGAACAACUCAAAUAGAUAAACUUGGAAACUUCUGCUAGAGAAAAUGUUUUGAUCCAUAUGAAUUUAAUGCAGUUCUUAAGUAUAUCUUUAUUUUUACCCAUACUUACUGAAUUUAAUGUUAGCUUGAAGAGUGGGAUUUAUGCCCAAGUUUCAUUCCUCAUCAUCCACAAAUAUUCCCAAGAUCUCAUCAGCACAGCAAGAGGCUAAGAUGGCUGCAAGUAUGAUUCAGAUGGUUGUGAAAUGGGUCCAACUUUGGUACCAUUCUGUUUAGUUCAUGUGUAAAUCCCUUACUGCAUUCUAUCCAAUAUAAAUGUCCGGUAUUUACACUUGACCUGGUAUAAAUAAUUGAGAUGCUUGUUUUUGGUAAUUUGGAAAUUGUUCCAUGCUUGGACUGGUUAAUUCUUAUGCAGCCUCUGACAGUACACUUACAGGAAAGCACAAGGCACCGUAAGCCUGACUUUCCCACCUCUGAGGCUACUGAGCAUCAGUAUUUGGCUGCAGAAUAAAUUUUAAGGGGAUAAGAAGAACUCAUCCAGAUAUUGUUGAAAUGAUGCGACUUAUUUAAUAGGACAGAAUUUUUUUGGCAUUGGAUUAGAGGGAUAAAUACAAGAAAUAAAGUAUAUUUAAUGCUGCAUAGGAUGAUGAUUUGGAUUUCUAUUACAAGGUUGAAUUUAUCCUCUCAUUCUUUUUGUUGUGUUUAGAGAGUGGUUAAGAAUAAAAAAAGUAACUGGAGGGAUAACUUUCCCUUUUCUAUGUUGUAAGAAUAAAUUCCCAUAUGAGGAAUUUAAUGCAGUUCUUAAGUAUGGGUUUGUGAUUCAUCCACUGUUUUUAAUAUUUUAUGAUUUAUACAUUAGUUACUCUUGCAUUUUUAACAUUUGGGGAUUCUACAGUUAUUAAUACUUCUUCUAAAUUCUCUUUUCUUUCAAAGAAUUUGUUAUGGCUUUGGCAUGUGGUGCAUGGGAGAGCAUGUCAUGCAUUACUGUUGUUUGCAUCAAGUUUUUGUCGAAAAAAACUUCAUUGAUCUGGCUCGGUCCCAUGGACAGAAAUUAGUGUUUAAAAAGAAAAUCCUUUCAGACGAACGUAUUGCAUACUUAACAUUGCUUGGGUUGAGUUAAGAAAGUUUGAAUGUGUUGUUGUGUUUCAGGUUUAAGACUUGGAGGAAGGAUACUUGCCGAUGAAACUGGGACAGAGUUAGUAUUGAAAGAGAGACCUGGAUUUUGACUUCAAUCCAUUUACAGAAAAUAGAAUUUUCUUCAGCCAUCUUGCUUUCUCUUAGUGCUGGUUAUUUUAUCCUCCCUUCUUGAUCUGGCCAUAGCUGUGGACAUGUUGUACUCCUAAUGUUUAUAGUCAUCAUCUGACCAAAGAUAUUUAUAUACUACAAACAAGAGAAGUUCAUGGUUCUGUUGGUUCUUCUGGUGGUCCUGAUGUGGUGCUGACGGUCCUACUAUAGUUCUCAAAAAGUAAUUGAUCCUUAGGUCUACCUAAACCAUCUUUUUAGCUUUAUAAUUAGCAUCUAAUUUUGCAAUUAUCAUCUGACACAGGACAUUUGUACUAAUGCACUAUAAAGUAAUGUAUGAGAGAACUCUCAUGUAGCAAUGAGUUGUUGAUGCUCUGCACAUUGCUAUU